AUGGAGCAGCACACUAGUAACCCUACUAAGGAAAAAGCCAAAGAGGAAGAUAACGUUGUGUGUCUUUGUCGAGCAAAACCCUCCCCCAGUUACAUUAAUCUUCAAGCAAAGUCCCCGCCAGCUACUCUCUUGAACAUCCAAACCAAGCUGCCUUCAGCGCUUCCUUCAGGAGCUGGUCAGAAGCCCAAGGAAUGCCUAGGACUCCUCGAUUGCAUGUAUGCCAACCUCCAGCUCCAAACCCAGCUUGCUCAACGACAGAUGGCUAUUUUGGAAAACUUGCAGGCAUCCCUCUCACAGCUGGGUUCUGGGAGGGAGAGCAAGAACUGUUCUCUCCCAGGCUUAUGUUGCAAUCUGUUAUUAAAUCACCUGCCCCAAUUCCAUAAAUGA